CUUGGUCCAAACAACUGUGCCAAACCGGCCGCAGCUGAAACCGGGCCAUGCCGGACGGGAAGCGCGUGACCUUGUUGGAUCCGUUGCUGACACCUUCGCAGCGAGUUCCUGGAUCGCCAUCACGUGUGGAGGCGAGCCGGGCCUUUCCUCGGACCGUUCGGGGCCGGGCUCCGCCGAAGCCCGUGCCGGGGCGCUUGCGGGUGCGCUGCUUGGGCGCACGGGACUUGCGACCCUUCCAGGUGCAGAUCUUCUCACAAGGUGCUGUGCACUCGGAUCCUUACGCCGUGCUGUGCCUCCGCCGCACCGAGCGUGCGGAUGCCGGCGGCGGACACCGCAUGGACGCGGGCGCCGCGUUUUGGACGCUCCGGCGCUGCACGCACCCCGUGCGGAAGACGCGACACCCCUGCUGGCGCGAGGAGUUUUGGUUUUCGCUUCCCACCUCUCCUGAUCAGUCGGACUAUGCUUUGGAAGUCACCAUCUAUGGGGUUCUGCAAGGAAGGAAACAAGAUGAGUUCCUGGGCUAUGCCGAGUUGCCGAUCCCACCGAUGGAUGCAGAGGAACGGAAAGUGGAGGAGCUCCAGUUGGGUCCCUCGGGCUCCACCGGGUCCACAGAGUCGGAAGGCCGCGUUCGGAUCGAGCUCAUGUGGGAGCCGACGACCCGGCGUCAGACGGACACGCUGAUGCUCUUUGUGUUCAGAAGUAUGAACACUGUCAUGGGCUUGCGUUUCUUCAGCAUCGCCAAUCUCGCCAUCGGAGGCCUGCUGCUGCUGGUGGCUCAAGGCUCCCGCUGGCUUUGCGCUGGCGACACCUUUGCGGACUGCACGAACGUGGAGGUUCCCGGAGCCCGGGUGGCCGCCGUGCUGGGUGGCAUGUCGGCCAUCGCCUCCGGCGUCACCAACUUCCUGGGCACCGCGGGCUUCUUCGGGAACACCUGGAGAGAAGGGACGCCCAAUGGGCUGCUGGAUGAGGUUCAAUCUGGUUAUUUGGAUUGGCAGGACGAUCGAGCACCUGCCGGUUGGGCGUCGAUCAAGGCACCCACACUGCAGCUGCAAGUGGAGCAGAAGCAUCUCUUCGUUUGGGAUGUUUCAGUGACGGCAGCCGAUUUGUGCCCUGUGAAGAUCUCGAUGUCCUCGGUGCGGCUCUUGACCUGGUUCGGCCAGGGUGUGGCUUUGAUCAUGUCCUCCCUGUCCAUCCUCCUUUGCUGGCUCGACGACUCGCCGCAUCGCUUCUUGGGCGAGGGCGCCUGGAUUUCCUUCGGGGCGUUGCUGAUGGUUUUGAGCAGCGCUUUGCUGAGCGGCCGCGAGGCAUGUUUGAGCGACCCUGAGGAACGCGAGGAGCAUUGGACGACCGAAGACGAUGCGGUCGACAUGAGACCCAGACGAGUUAGCUUCAACACCGGCCCGGGGCCGGAGCCCCGGGGCUGGAGCCCGGCGCGCGCGGUGUCAGGCAUUGAAGACUUCAUGACAAAUUUCGAGGAAGGGGUGAAAGCUGUGAAGCAUGAGGCCGAAAACCUCCAGCGCCCCUUCCUUGCGGCGGGCGAGGACUUGAAUGCGCGGAUGAAGAACUUCAUUCAGGAGAUGGAACAGCAGGUACGCCAGCCCAUCGUCGAGGCAGCUCAUCGCUUCCAGGCGCAACUUGGGACCCGACAGUCCUUUGAGGAGACUUCCAGAGCCACGGGUCCGCCCGAGGAGCCUAGAAGUCCAGGAUGCAUGGGAAGUUGCCAAGUGCCUGCCAUGUCCCGCGAGACUUCCGGCUUGCUGUCCACCUUGCCAAGGGUUGCCUCUUCAAAUGCAGGCUUUGAAGCAUCGAGCCAGGCUGAGCAGCCGAUCGUGCACAUCGACAGUCAGCCGCCUCCGCACUUGUGCUUACGCUGCUUGUGAGGACGAUGUGAGUCCCAGGGCACCAUGGCAAGACAGGGGCUUGAGAUUUUGGAUG